CGAAGCGAGGUUCCGCCUCAAUUCCCUCCCCCUCUCUCUAUAACUACCUAUUUUCUCUCUCUAGAGCACAAGGAGAGAGAGAGAGAGAGAGAGAGAGAGAGAGUGAUGAGCAAAGCAGAGAUUAUGAACCACGUGAAUGGGGAUCCGUUCAAGAUUAAACAGAGGCUUAAAGAUAGGUCAAAGAAAGUGGCCCAAACCAAAGAGAUUUUAUCCAAACAAGCGGUUAAAUCCAAGGAGAUCUUGUCCAAACAAGCCGUUAAGCUCGCUAAACAGGCAGAAGAGCAUGAAAGAUUCAUCAGCAAGGUGACUCAUUUAUGUAGUGUUCUUGGGUUUGGGGCAUUUUGCUUUCUAUUGGGCUCAAGACCACAAGAUGUUCCAUAUGUGUACUGUUUGUUCUAUGUCACCUUUGUUCCUCUUCGAUGGAUCUAUUACCGGUUCAUGAAAUGGCAUUACUAUCUUCUGGACUUCUGCUACUAUGCCAAUACUUUCUUCUUGGUCAUGCUUCUGUUAUUCCCAAAAAAUGAAAAGCUUUUCAUGAUUUGCUUCUCAUUUGCCGAGGGUCCAUUGGCAUGGGCGCUGAUUGUUUGGCGUUGUAGCUUAGUUUUUAGUUCUGUCGACAAGAUUGUUAGCGUCCUCAUCCAUCUUUUACCUGGGACAGUUUUCUUCACAAUUCGCUGGUGGGAUCCCACAUACUUUGAGUCCAUGCAUCCUGACGGAACUGCUCAGAGAGCUUCAUGGCCUUAUGUUGAAAGCAAAUCUUACCUUUGGACAUGGCUCUUUCUGAUACCCUUGGCUGCUUACAGCCUUUGGCAAGCUCUCUAUUUAAUCAUCGUGAAUGUAUUGCGACGGCAGAGGCUGUUAAAAGAUCCCGAAAUCAUGACUUCUUACAGGGAACUCUCAAAAAAAGCGCAGAGAGCUAACAACAUAUGGUGGCGAUUAAGCGGAUUGCUUGGGGACAAUAAUCGGCUGGUCAUGUACAUUACCCUGCAAGCAUUGUUCACAGUGGCAACCAUGGCUUUUACAGUCCCCAUAUUUUUGUCAUAUAGAUUACACGUUAUGUUCCAAAUAUUCAAGGCCUCUGCAACCAUAUGGAAUGGAGGACAUUUUUCGCUUGAAGUGAUGCCAAAGCAGGUGGUUCUUAAGGAGAAGAAGAAAAGGGAGACACAGUCAUCAACAAUCCUGGAAGAUAAGCCCUCGGUUGCGCUGGAAAAUGCAAUGGAGGCCGCCAAUUCUUCUGCAAAAACCCAGGAGGAUCAGCCUUCGGUUGUGCUGGAAAAUGCAUUGAAUGCAGUCAAUUUGAUGAGAAACCAAAUUCCCAACGGUACUUAUACAUAGAAAUAGUUUGUACUUUUGUAGAAUUUGGAUGUCUGCCGUGGGAAGGAAGGCCUUCUUAGCCGAUUUUGUUUAGCUUUCGGGUGAUGGUUUUUGUUCAUAAGUCAAUGAAGUGAUCCCGUUGCCUAGGUUUUAUUUUUUAAUUUUCGGCUUGUUUUAUAAACUGAAAGUGGAAGUUAGAACUUUCUUGUUUAGGAUUUUGGUAGAUUGUAAUGAUAAAUAAUACGUGAAAAUCGCGUUUACUGAUGCUCUUUCUCCAAUUAGUUGGUGAACCACA